AUUAUUAUGGUGUGAUAAACAUAAAUUUAACGUUAAACCAGUAAUAAGACAUGUCAUUUUAAAUUGGCAUAUUACAUUAAAGACCAAGCUUGUGGGGCCAGUCAAAAAUGACUUGAUUUAGUGCUCCUUUUCUUAAACAACAAGGACAAUUCCAAAACUAGAAUUAGCAUGGCGGACGAUCAUAGUGGUGAAGACUCUGAUGUGGAAAACCAACAUGAGUUGUUUGGUGUGCUCAGCAAGUGGACGAACUACAUACAUGGCUGGCAGGACAGGUACAUUGUGUUGACAAAUGGCACUCUGUCGUAUUACAAGAGCGAACAGGAGCGAGGGUAUGGUUGCAGAGGCGCCCUGUCCCUUGCAAAGGCUGUUAUCAAACCUCAUGAGUUCGAUGAAUGCAGAUUUGAUGUUUCCGUAAAUGAUUGUGUUUGGUACUUGAGGGCUGCUUCCAUCGAGAACAAGCAGAGCUGGGUUGAUGCUUUGGAAUGUUACAAGGUAGAAUCAGGCUAUGGUACUGGUUCGGAGAACAGUCUAAAAAGGCAUGGCUCGACGGUCAGUCUCCAGUCCAGCUCGUUCAGCACAGCCUCAGGUAGUAGCUUCAAACGGUCCUCCAGAAAUUUGCGCGAGAAACUCGCAGAAUUGGAAACGUUCAAGGAUAUCUUGUGCAGACAAAUCGACACAUUGCAGAAGUAUUUCGAUUACUGCGUUGAAAAUGAUGCACAGAACCAUUUGCCAGAUAAAGACAAUUUGCCAACCAUUGACUUUAAAGGCGAAGCUAUCACUUUUAAAACCACGACUGCUGCUGUGAUAGACACUUUGGAGCAUUGCGCCGAACUGGUGGCGCAAAGAGAGGAGUCUUGGCGUAAACGUCUGGAUAGGGAACUGGAGAGACGCAAACGUUGUGAGGCUUUGUCCAAGUCUUAUUUCGAACAGAUUCAGAAGACGAGAACUGUUCAUCCGGGACCAGAUUUAGAGGAGGGACCACACAGUGUCCUCGCAGACGACGAAUUCUAUGAUGCAGUCGAAUCGGGAUUAGACAAAAUGGAGGAGGAACAGGAGUUGAGGGACAGGUUAAAGAGCGGACAGGCCAUUCCAGUGACACCCCCUCCCACUUCGCCAGCCUUCCAGCAUCGUCUUUGGCCAGAGAUCGAAAAGACUGUCAAACAGCAAGUUGCCAUGGCCAGGAUGGGGAUUGGCGAGUACGGUUCGGGAUGGCAAUUGUUCGCCGAGGACGGCGAAAUGAAGAUGUACAGGAGAGAGGAGGAAGUCGAUGGGAUGGUGGUCGAUCCACUCAAAGCAGUGCACGUCGUGAAGGGUAUUACGGGUCACGAAGUGUGCCACUAUUUCUUCAGUCCACAGUACAGAUAUGACUGGGAAACUACCCUGGAACAGAUGACGGUACUAGAAACGAUAUCAGACGACACUAUAGUAUUUUAUCAAACACAUAAAAGGAUAUGGCCCGCCAGUCAGAGGGAUGUAAUAUUCUGGUCGCAUAUGCAGAAAUUACCAAACGAUCAGGACAGAGACGGACCCGAUAUCUGGACUGUUGUUAACAAUUCCACAGAACACCCAGAUUAUCCUGCGAACGCUGGCAAAUGUGUGAGAAUAUUUUUAACGGUAUGUUUACUGUGUCAGACGAGAGUGAAUCCUCCCAAAGAUGGUACCCCGUUGGGUAGAGAUAAUGUAUCCUGUAAAAUAACCUACUGUUCAGUUAUUAACCCUGGAGGUUGGGCCCCGGCAUCAGUAUUAAGGGCUGUCUACAAAAGGGAAUACCCCAAGUUUCUCAAGCGGUUCACUGCUUACGUCAAAAACCAAACAAGUAAUAAGCCUAUUAUGUUCUAGGUGUAAGGUCAGGGUUUAUUAUCUUAUUUUACACGCUGUUUUAUUUCUAUUAAUUUAUAUUCAUCAUUAAAAGUUAUUUUAUGUUUUC